UAAGAAGCAAAUUUUAUUUGAUUUGAUCAAGAUUCGAUUUAGAUCGGUUCAUCUUAUAACACACAUCAUCAUUAUGAAAUUGGUUAUUGGAUUUGCAUUACUGGCUUGUGCCUAUGCACAAGUACGACCAUCCACGAAUUUACUUAGUCCAUUUUCAACACCACGUCCAUUUGGAUUACAACCACAAUAUAGACGUCCAUCAUAUUCACGUCCAAUUGUGCCAGUAACAGCUCGACCAACUUUACCGCCACAACCAGUCCAACCAAUUUACCAACCUCAACAACCACUUUAUCGUAGUGCUGAAGCUAAUGCAAGAAUAUUGAAACAAACUCAAGAUAUUAGCUCAGAUGGAAAUUCAUUCCAAUAUAGCUAUGAAACUGAAAAUGGAAUCUCAGCUGGAGCAUCUGGAACUCUUCGUCAAAUUUCCAAAGAUGAAGAUGCAUUAGAUAUUGUUGGUGCAUUCCAAUACGUUUCACCCGAAGGUAUUCCAAUUGUCGAACAAUAUGAAGCUAAUGAAAAUGGUUAUCAACCAAGAGGUGAUCACAUUCCAAAACCUCCACCAAUUCCAGAACCAAUUUUAAGAGCUUUAGAAUGGAUUCGUACACAUCCAGAACCACUCCAACCACAAAGACGCUACUAAAUUUAAUUAAUUCGAUUUUUUUUUUAAAUUAAA